GUGCAUUCGGUGGUGUGGAACUGCCUCGGCGAGAAGCUCGGGUCAGGUUCGGUGGACCAAACCAUUCGCGUGUGGCAAGUGGAUCCGAGCGGCGUAUCAAACUCCAGCAAGCAUCGGGAGGUGGAGUUGAGGGGCCACAGCGAGAGUGUGGACAACCUGUGCUGGGACCCCCUCCACCCUGACCUCCUUGCGUCUGCUUCUCAAGACAAGUCCGUGCGCAUCUGGGACACACGAUCUGCUAGGUGUCAGCAGAGUGUGACUCUAAAGGGCGAGAACAUCAACGUCACGUACAAGCCCGAUGGCACGCACAUCGCUGUGGGCAACAGCGCGGACGAGUUGACCAUUCUGGAUGUGAGAAAGCUCAAGCCGAUCCACAAGCGCAAGUUCACCUACGAGCUGAACGAGUUCGCGUGGGACCGAACAGGGUCCAUCUUCCUUGUCACAACCGGCACAGGUGCAGUGGAAGUUUUGGGUUACCCCUCCCUGCAGACACUAGACACCCUGCACGCACACACAGCAGGGGUGUAUUCGCUGGCCAUUGACCCCCUUGGCAGGUACUUUGCAGCGGGCAGUGCAGACGCACUGGUGAGCCUGUGGGACAUGCAGCACAUGCUGUGUGUGCGCACCUUCACACGAUUAGAAUGGCCCGUACGCACUGUCAGCUUCAGCCACGAUGGGCGGUAUCUCGCGUCUGCUAGUGAAGACCUCUUUGUUGACAUUCGCAAAAUUCCCCCAUCCUUCUUCCCUAUCUCAUGCAAGCCACCCCAGAUCUCAGCACAAGAUUCAUCUCAGCGAUGUGAGCCCCCAGACCUCACACAUCCCCUCCAUCCCUCUCUUUCCCCCGCAUUCCCCACGUCCUAUGCUCUGCCGCCCAACCCUCUCCUCCGGAUCCCCUUCCAACAACAGGCGGAGGUGGAGACGGGGCGGUCGGUGCAUCAGAUCCCAUCCUGGGCGGCGAUGAACAGUGUGGAGUGGAAUCCCAAGCACCUGCUCCUCGCAUAUGCCUCUGACGACGAUGGCAAGCACUCAUCCCCGGGUGAGUGA